AAAAAGUAGCAAGCAACAAAGUCAAUUUCUUUGUUCUUAACUCACCUGCGAAGCUAACAAAGAAUCUAACUCUCUCCGUUAUGGCUCCGGCGGAGGUAAUAGUCGUCGACCUAGUCUUAAUAGACGGCGAACUCGGGAUGGUGAAGUUGACCGCCGAUGGAGUUUUAGAAGCGAUCGAGUACGGCGAACCCAGCCGUUACUGGACGGUGAAGAAAGACGUUCUCGGUUUCGUCGUGGAAGGUAAAUAUAUUAGAAUCAAAACAGUGGUGGAGAGAGAGGAAGGUAUCUGUUGCGGAGAGUUUGGUGGAGAUUACUCCAGAAAAGACUUCGUCUUUGAGCCUUUCUCUGAAGAUGCUAAGAAUAGAUUCUGCUUCAAGCUCCGUCAAUACCUUGACUCUCUCGGUCGGCCAAAGAGGUUGCUUGUGUUUGUGAACCCUUUUGGCGGGAAGAAAUCUGCUCUAAAGAUAUUUGAAAAGCAAGUGAAGCCAUUGUUUGAAGAUGCUGACAUUCAACUUGAUGUUCAAGAAACCAAGUAUCAGUUGCAUGCAAGGGAAAUGGUUAGGUCCAUGGAUGUAUCAAAGUAUGAUGGUAUUGUUUGUGUCAGUGGCGACGGUGUCCUUGUUGAGGUUGUAAAUGGACUGCUUCAAAGAGCAGACUGGAAAACUGUCUUCAAAUUGCCAAUUGGAGUGAUCCCUGCAGGAACUGGUAAUGGCAUGAUAAAGUCAUUGUUGGAUGCGGUUGGGCUUCAGUGCUGUGCAAAUAGUGCUACUAUCUCUAUUAUCCGAGGUCAUACACGUUCUUUAGAUGUGGCAACUAUCUCACAAGGAAAUACCAAAUUCUUCAGCGUCUUGAUGCUUGCUUGGGGUUUAGUGGCUGAUAUAGACAUAGAGUCAGAGAAGUUCAGAUGGAUGGGUAGUGCUCGCAUGGACUUCUAUGCCAUUCAAAGGAUAAUAUGUUUAAGACAAUACAAUGGACGAGUUUUGUUUCUACCGGCUCCUGGUUUUGAAGGCUAUGGGCAGCCAACAAGUUACCGUCUAUACAAAGAGCCACCUGUUAGCAAUAAUAAGGCGCUUGGAUACCAAGGACCUGAUACUAAAUUUGAAGAUGUUGACGAAUGGAGAGAAAUCAAAGGCCCUUUUGUUUCAGUAUGGCUUCAUAAUGUUCCCUGGGGUGCUGAGAACAAUUUGGUUGCUCCUGCAGCAAAGUUUUCUGAUGGCUUCCUGGAUUUGAUUGUCUUGAAAAAGUGCCCUAAGCUAGCUUUGCUAUCGCUUAUGACACAGAUAAGUGAAGGAACACAUGUUCAGUCACCAUACGUAGCAUAUCUAAAGGUGAAGGCAUUUGCACUUGAACCGGGUAUACUGGUAGGCGAACCAGACACAGAAGGAAUCAUAGAUGCAGAUGGAGAGGUAUUGGCAAGGGGAAGAAGAUCCUAUAAAUGUGAGCAAAUUGCUUUGAUGUCCUACGACAAGCUUCAAGUAACAGUUGAUCAAGGUUUGGCCACUCUCUUCUCUCCUGAGUAUUGAUUAUAUGUUACAACACUACACGAUGAGAUGAAGACACAUUCACACAUCAUAAUUCAUAAACAAUGAUUGACGUUUUAAUAAUUGUUUAAUUACUGUAAAUGGCGUUUCCUUGUGGUGGUUGUAAUUUAAUUGUUUCUCUCAUGUACAGAAUCACACUUGUUUUGUGUUUUUUUUCUUCUUCUCAGUAUUAAUCGUAAAGAUUCCUUUUCUUAAAAAAAAAAUUCUGAGAUU